AUGCUGAGGACAGUUGCAAAGCAGUACCUGCCAUUCCAGCCGUCUCUCGCUCCGCCUCGACCGGUGCUCUGGGCGGUGUCUCGCGGCGAUGUUGCGCCUGUCAGAGCUCCUUCAGCUCAUGCCGUCCGACGUCUCGACGUGCGGACGUGCUGCUCCAGCUGCCCCUCACCCGCACCAAGCUCCAACCCUCCUAACCAGGACUACUUCACAAUCACCACCCCGCUUUACUACGUCAAUGCAGCACCCCACAUGGGCAGUGCCUACCCUACCAUCGCCGCGGAUGUGGCGUCUCGUUUUCAGCGGCUGCUGGGCAAGCGUGUCCGCUUCCUGACCGGUACGGACGAGCACGGUGAGAAGAUCGCGGCGGCGGCCUCCGGGAGGGGGCUCAGUCCCCAGGAACACUGCGACGACAUCGUGGCGCAGUACACUGACCUGUGGGACAAACUUGACAUUCAGUACGACAGGUUCGUACGUACGACAGAAUCUCGCCUUGCGGAGCUUGUGGUGGAUGUGUUGGUUCGUUGUUGGGAGCGAGGUGACAUAUAUUCUGCUGACUACGAGGGGUGGUACUGCGUGGACUGCGAGGAAUUCAAGGGGCAGUCCGAGUCCCAGCCCAGGGGCUGCCCCACACAUCGGAAGCCCUGUCAGCACCGUAAGGAGGCCAACUACUUUUUCCGCCUGAGCAAGUACUCCAAGUGGAUCGAGGAGCUGCUGUCGCGGGAGGACUUCGUACAGCCCGCGUCGCGCCGGAAUGAGCUUAUGUCGUACGUCCGCGAGGGCCUGCGCGACUUCUCCAUCAGCCGUGCGGCAGUGGACUGGGGCAUCCGUGUCCCACAAGACCCCAAGCACACGGUGUAUGUGUGGUUUGACGCGCUCAUCGGCUACCUGUCCGGGCUGCUUCCCCCCGAUGUGCCCGCCACCACCUCCGAGGUCCCCGUGCACGGCUGGCCCGCCUCCGUACACGUGAUCGGCAAGGACAUCCUGCGCUUCCACGCCAUCUACUGGCCCGGAAUGCUCUUGUCGGCGGGACUGCCACUGCCGCAGCGAGUGUACGGCCACGGCUUCCUGACCAAGGAUGGUCUCAAGAUGGGCAAGGCACUGGGCAACACCCUGGACCCCCGGGCACUGGUCGCAGCGUACGGUGCGGAUGCCGUACGGUUGUACUUCAUGAAGGAGAUUGUGUUUGGCCAAGACGGCGACUUCAGCGAGGUGCGAUUCCGGGAUGCGGUCAACGCAGCCCUCGCCAACAACCUGGGCAACGGUCUCAACCGAACGCUCAACCUCCUGGCCAAGUUCCACGAUCGGACCAUUCCCGUGGACGCCUCCUCUCUGCCCGCGGACCUGCCUCUGAGGCAGAUGGCAGCGGAGCGCCUGCCUGCCGCCGCCAGCGCCUACAGCGCCCUGUCCUUCCACGAGGCGGCUGAGGCGGUGCUGGCGCUGGCCUCACGGAGCAACCAGUACCUGGAGGAAACACAGCCGUGGACCAAGUUGAAGAAGGGCUCGGAUGAGGAGAAGGCUGAGGCCGCGGCAGUCCUGGUCGCGGUGCUGGAGGCGGUCCGUAUCGUCGCGGUGGGCCUGGUCGCCCUCACACCCGGCCUCAGUCGCAGGAUCUACUCGCAGCUGGGCUUCUCAGAAGAGCAGUUUCAGGCGCUCAGCUGGGCAGAUACGGCGUGGGGCGGGCUGAAGGCGGCUCAUCGAACAGCUGAGCCAGCACCUGUGUUUGUGAGGCUAGAGGCGCCGGGGGAGGCGGAAGCGGCGGCCGAGGCGGCGGCGAAGGCCAAGGCGACAGCGGCGGCGGCAGCGACUAAGCCCAAGAAGGCCAAGGGGGGGAAGGGCGCGGCAGAGGACAAGAAGGCCAAGGGGGGGAAGUCGCAGCAGGGGCAGGAGGCACAGGCGGCGCAACAGGCGCAGGAGCAAGCUGCAGUGGUGUAG